CGACAACCACGACAGAACUUGUAGCUUCAGUCUCCGGUCAUACGGUUAAAUCGAUUGAACUCCUGUUCCCACCAAACGACAUCUACAACCAACCGUCAAAAUGAAGCACCUCGCAGCCUACCUCCUUCUCGGCCUCGGUGGAAACACCUCGCCUUCUGCUGCUGACGUCAAGGCCGUCCUUGAGUCUGUUGGUAUUGAGGCUGACAGCGACCGUCUCGACAAGCUCAUCAGCGAGCUUGAGGGCAAGGACAUCAACCAGCUCAUCUCUGAGGGUUCCGCCAAGCUUGCUUCCGUUCCCUCUGGUGGCUCCGGUGGUGGCGCUUCCUCUGGUGGCGCCGCUGCUUCCGGCGGUGCUGCUGAGGCUGCUCCCGCCGAGGAGGCCAAGGAGGAGGAGAAGGAGGAGUCCGACGAGGACAUGGGUUUCGGUCUCUUCGACUAAGCGCAUUGCCAACCAUCCUCUGUCUACGAAGUAUGAUCACGCCAAUCUCUCGAUAUUCACGAGAAUCAUGCGGCACGAAUCUGUGCGUUUGGGCGGUGUCGAGCGCGCGAUCAAUGGGAUAUGGAGAACGAUAUU